AUGCAGGAUGCUCUAGAGAAAUACGGGACGCUCUCAGACGCAGUAGCAACCGCUUCGGUCUUGGGGGCUGGUAUCACAUAUACCACCAUUUUCAAUGCUCUGCGCGGUAAUAUUGGUCUGAUGUGCUGGAGUUUCGCCUUGUUCGACGUUGGCCUAAUCAUCACCAUUCUCUUCCGGUCUAUUAUGACGGCGCUCUGGCAUUUCCAGUUGCCCAGGAAGCCGUUUGCAACAGUUUUCUGGUGGGAGCUGAUGAUCAAAGUGGUACUGCUCAUGGCGUUGAUAUCAGCAACCAUUGCGAUCUUCCUGCUCAGUAUGUCAGCCCUUCAGCUGGUGUAUCCUCGGCCUGAGGGAUACCAGGACGCCGUCCAGUUGACGAUGUCACCCGUACCGAGCGCAGCCCUUUCCAUGUUCAUUGUUGCGGGAGGGAUUGCUGUGCUCGUGGGCGUGUUUGCUCUGCUUUUCUGGGCUGGUGGGUUCAGGAAGGAUGAUAACCCUAGGGAAGCCGUGCAAGACUACUUUGUUUGA